AUGCACACGACAAACGCGGCCUACAUCAAGGAAGCGUUUGAGUCUGUGAUAAGAGCUUUGGAUAUGCGCUGCGAAGCCACCGAGCGCGAAAUGGACCUCGAGAAGACUUUAAGCGCGCAGAGCCUGAAGGCGCUGGACGGGGACUGCCAAGUGAUGCUGCGGUACCUGAACGCGAAGGCGCUGCAGCUGCAGCAGCUGCAGCAGCUCGGCAGCAGCAGCAGCGUUUUGGGCCUCAAUGCCUGCAGCAGCAUUGGCCCCACAUUUGAGGCUUUGGAAGAAAAGACAGAUUUCAUGCGAGAGCGGCUGCGAGUGCCGCACUGGAAGCUGAGAGUUUUGGAAAUGGAUUCUCUUCUUUCCGAAAGACAAAAUGCGCUGCUGGACCUUUCAAACCGCGUGGGUCUUUUUUGCGAAAAUAUAACUGCAGCAGCAAAUUCGUUUUUGGCGCUGCAGCUGCCGCUGCAGGGGCCCCCCGCGCAGCACAGGGAGAUGGACGCGCUGCAGCAGCAGCUGCAGCAGCAGCAGCAGCAGCAGCAGCAGGAGGAGGAGGAAGAGCAGCAGCCCGAACCCCCCGUCAUCUACGAGAAAGGGCUCAACCCCUACGGAGAACUCUUCCUCAGAAAACGGUUUGCGGAUGCUGCUGCGUCUGCUGCGCACUCUGCAGCCCCCGACAAGUACCAGGCGUUUGUUAGGAAGGACCCGCUGCACCUGGAGUGGGAAGUGCGGGUGGUUUCUCUUCGGGGCCCUUACUUGUGCGUGCAUGCAUCUGAAGAAGAUCCAUUUGCUGCUGUGGAAACAGCUUUGUUUCUGGACAGCAGCAGCUACGCGCGGACGUUUGCUGCUGCUGCUGCUUCGGCGCUUGCUGCUGCUGCUGCAGCAGACUACCCGCACGGGCUGGAGGUCCUCGAGGUGGACGUACACCGCAAGGAGCUGCUCAGCUUCCUGCUGCUGGCAGCAGACGGAGAGGCCUUAGCAGCAGAAUGGGUGGAAGCAAUAGAGGAGCUUUGCAUGCAAAACUGUGGGGCCCCACACCCCACAACUCCUGGAUACGAUCCCAGCUCCUCCCCGCAGCAGCUGCACCUCGAAGCAGCAAACUUGAACUUCCCGGUUGCAUGCAGACGCAAGGCCGCGUUGCUGCCAGCAGAGCUGCAGGGGGAGCAGCAGCAGCAGCAGCAGGAGGGCUCCUCGGCCUACAGCAGCAGCAGCAGCAGCAGCAGCCGCAGCGACAGCGCCCGCAGCAGCCGCGCGCGCAGCAGCAGCAGCAGCAGCCGCAGCAGCAGCAGCAGCAGCAGAUACGGGAGAAGCAGAGACUCCGCGUCUCAAAGAAGCUUCCCAAGAGAGAGACACAAAAGAAGCAAAAGCAGCAAAAGCAGCAAAAGAGAAAAAAGAGAAACUUCCGGCAGCAGAUCCCGAAGCAACUCUUCGCGCUCUGGCUCGGAAGCCAGCUCGGAAGCAGCAGCAGCAGCAGCAGCAGCAGCAGCAGCAGCAGCAACUCUCGAGGCCCUCACCUCCCCACAAAGACCUAUUUUUAGAAGAGAAGAAUUAAAUGAAUUAGAAAAUAAAACUUUCCAUUUGGGGGCCCUUUAUGAAAGGCGCAUGCGCAGAGCAGCACACAGGGCCCACAACCCAGCAGCAGCAGCAGCAGCAGCAGGCAGCAGCAGCAGCAGCCGCAGCAGCGACAGCAGCAGCAACGGAAAGGACGCAGCAGAUCGACGGAGUAGACAGCCGCAGCCGCCGCCAGCAGAACCGCCGCAGAGAGCAGCAGCAGCAAAGCCCGAAGCAGCAGCAGCACCAGCAGCAGCAGCAGCAGCAGCAGCAGCAGCAGCAGCAGCACCAGCAGCAGCAGCAGCAGCAGAAAGGGAAGACGCAAACCCUUCUCUCAAAACGAUGCGCACAGGCAUUCGGCAGCAAGCGGUGCUGAGCCGCAUCAAAGCCUUUGAGGCAAAAGCAGGUGGACCUGCUGCUGCUGCUGCUGCUGCUGCUGCUGCUCCCCCUGUCAAGCUGCAGCAGCAGCAGCAGCACAGCAGCAGCCCACCACACAGCACAUUCCGCUCUCUUCCAGAGAUAGACACUCUGGACUUUGCGUUUGUGCCUGAAACUCAACUGACUUACUGCAGCAGGAGCAGCAGCAGCAGCAGGAAGAUCAGCAGCAGGAGCAGCAGAAACGUCAGCAGCAGCAGCCGAAAGGGCAGCAGCAGCAGCAGACGCAGCAGCAGCAGCAGGCGUGACCGGUACGUGACCGCCGCCGCCUACAUUGCCGAAAGAAGCAGCAAGAGAGCGAGCAGCCGCAGCACCAGCAGUAGCAGCAGCAGCAGCAGCACCAGCAGCAGCAGCACCAGCAGCAGCAGCAGCAGCAGCAGCAGCAGCAGCAGGCGAUUCAAACGAGAACCUGAACUGGGAAACUCUCCACCCGCAAGGCGGGGCCAGGGGCAUGAAGGAGGCAGCGGCUCUCCGUGGCCGUCUCCGCACAGCACUGCUGCUGCUGCUGCUGCUGCUGCUGCUGCUGCAGCAGCAGCAGCAGCAGGCAAUGCCAGAGCAAGGCCACUCUUGGACGCCUCCGAGCUGCAGAGACACCAGCGCCCUCUAGCUGCAACCAACUCAAAGAAGUCGAGGUGA